CGUUCCCUCCGUCAUCCUCUCACAUGGAUUUCUCCGAGAAGGAGUAAAAAGAGAGCGCGAGCACUCGGUCAUAACGUCGCUUCAUAUGAAUGGACUGCAGGCUGAUGAGGAGUCAGUGUUGUUUUUCUCAUGAGUUAGGAGGCUGGAGGGUGUCUGGCCAGCUGUUUGGAUCAGAUAGCGGUGCUAUAAAAGCGGAGAGGAGAGGGGAAAACAAAAAGAUGCACAGGAGGAGAAGUGGAGAGCCUUUAUCGUUUUUAGCUUGAUCAUGGGUGUGAAAUUCAGGACAUUCUCCGGUGUGUGCUUCUUAAAGUGUUUCUAAUCCCGUGAAACAGCAGAAGAAAGAGAGUGGCUUUGGUUAUGCUCGCCACACUUUGCCAAGUGCCCACGGUUUCUUCUCUGUGCCUGUAAAAAGGACCGACAUGGCUCUCCUGGUCGUCCCGCUGCUUCUGCAAACAGGGCUCGUUUGGGGAUCAAACUACGGUUAUGUGGAGUGGUCGGAUAAUGACCGAGACGAGAAGAACCCGCCACUCUUCAGCACCCAAAACAUCAACAGGGAGCCGCUUCACCACCCGACCUACUACUCGGUCCCAGCCACCGAGCGCACGGUGGUGGCGCACAAAAUUGAGGAGGACCUGCCGAGGGUGGUGACCGCUUUCCUGCACACCGGGGACUCCUCAGCGCUGAGGCAGGUCAACUGCUCUCGGAGGUACGAGCUGAGCAGCCUGCGAGGCGGCCUGCACGUCGCUUCCCACUAUUCCCUGCACAGCAUCCUGGACACUGUAGCGCACGCCACAAACUUCCUGAAUAUGAUCCUGCAGGCCAACAGGUCCAGGGAGCACACCCUGCGGAGGGACAUCCACUGGUACCACGCGCUGGUCCAGAGUAUCCUCGAGGGGGACCCCAAAAUCCACAGGGCGGUGGUGACCUUCCACGCGGACGCGCCGACGCCGGGCCCCCACGUUUUCCUCCAGGCGACCAGAACCGAGAAGGAGGUGGUGCUGCAGGACUUUUCCGGCUCUGCGCACCGUCACCUGAAGAGCAGGAGCCCGGAGUCCGACUGGUUUAAUGAGUUUAGAGACGGGAGGAGACCACCCGUGCACAGAAGAGUCCCGGAGGCAUCGGGCACCAAGAGUGGAAGUUACCUUCUGGACAAAAAACAGAUCAAGUGGUCGGCGCCGUACCUGGAGUGUGAGCACGGGGCGUUUGUGCCCCAUUGGCUGCUCACCUUGUCUGCUGGCUUCUAUGGACUGAAGAGCAACUCUGCUCCAGAGUUCAGGGGUGUUGUUCGUGUGGAUGUGAACCUGCAGGAGGUGGACAUUGACCAGUGCUCCACCAGUGGCUGGUUUGCUGGGACUCACCGCUGUAAUCUCACCAGUAUGGAAUGCACUCCCAUCGUUGGCCAUGGAUUUGUGUUGGACAAGUACAAGUGCCAGUGCAGGAGAGGAUUCUACCAUCCAAGCAGAGUGGCGCUCAAUGGCUUUAAAAGUAAGGAGCAGGUCUCUAACAGAGAGGAGACCUCUGACGUGUCCAAUAAGUGCCUGCCAUGCCGCGAGGGCUGCCCCUACUGCCGGGACGACACACCCUGCCUGGUACAGGAGGAUGGUGUUCUGCGGCUCGCUGUGGCCUCCUUCCAGGGUCUGUGCAUGGUGCUGGACCUGGCCAGCAUGGUGGUGGUCUACCACUUCAGGAGGAACAAGAGCAUCCGCACAUCUGGUCUCAUUCUGCUGGAAGCCAUCUUGUUUGGGGCUUUACUGCUCUACUUCCCAGUGAUGAUCCUGUACUUCCACCCCAGUGUGUUUCGCUGUAUCCUCCUGAGGUGGGUUCGCCUCCUGGGUUUCGCCAUCAUGUACGGCACCGUCAUCCUCAAGCUGUACAGGGUGUUAAAGGUGUUCCUGUCCCGCACGGCCCAGAGGACGCCUUAUAUGACUGGCUUGCGGGUCCUGCGGCUGCUGGCGGUGAUUCUGCUGGUGGUGCUGUGGUUCCUGGUAGCCUGGACCUCCGCUGUGUGCCAGAACCCCGAGCUGAGUCGGGCCCUGAUCGCCGCAGGCCUCACCCCAGAGGGGAUGCAGUUCAGCAUGUGUCUGCUGGACCGAUGGGACUACAUGAUGGCUGUCGCGGAGUUCCUGUUCCUGCUAUGGGGCGUGUACCUCUGCUACGCUGUCCGCACCGUACCCUCGGCUUUCCAUGAGCCACGUUACAUGGCUGUGGCCAUCUACAAUGAGCUCCUCAUAUCAGCCAUCUUCCACAUCAUCAGGUUCUCUCUUGUGCCGGGGCUGCACCCUGACUGGAUGCUCAUGUUGUUCUUUGCUCACACUCAUCUGACCGUGACUGUGACUCUGGGCCUGCUGCUCAUUCCAAAGUUCCUGUCCAAAGGGACUCAGGCCAGGGAUGAUAUUGCCACUGAGACCUAUGAGGAGGAGCUGGACAUGGGAAGAUCUGGCUCUUACCUCAACAACAGCAUUACCUCGGCCUGGAGCGAGCACAGUUUGGACCCUGAGGAUAUACGGGAUGAGUUGAAGAAGCUAUAUGUCCAGCUGGAAGUCUACAAACGUAAGAAGAUGCUUGCCAACAACCCUCACCUCCAAAAGAAGCGCAACUCCAAGAAAGGUCUGGGCCGCUCCCUGAUGAAACGGAUAACAGAAAUCCCAGAGACCAUGCAUAUACACCGGCAGUGCAGUCGUGAGGACGGCAGCGAACACGGCAGCAAUCGCAGCACCUUGAGGAGAAACCCAUUUGAACCGAGUCACCACGGCAAACCUCGGGAUGACUCCCUGAAGAACAAAGUCAUGGGCUUGAAGAAGUCACUCAGCUACGACCACGUUUGUGACCAGGAUGAGGAAACUGGAAGCCAAACUGUCUCGACUGCGAGAGACAAAAUGACUCCUGUUGGAGGUGGGGGGGAAGGAUCUCUUUUGGGCUCCCUGAUUGGCCGGAAACAUGCUAAGAAGCAGCUGGAACCAGCUGCGACCCCACCGAGACUGGAGCCAGCCGAGUCCACUGAGUCUGUUCCACUGUUCUGGAAAUCAGCCAGUGCUCACAACUUAAUGCACGAGAAGAAACCCGUCCAUCUGCGGACCUCCAUCAUGCAGAAGUCUUUGAGUGUGAUUGCAAGUGCCAAGGAGAAGAUGCCAGGGCUGACCAACAAGACGCAAAGCGUGGAGGAUGCCAGCAAGAAGGGUCUGAAGGGACAGGAGGAGAGGAUGCUGUCUGAGGUGGAUGAGACACCUGAGCAUUAUCCCAAGAUGAUCAUCAGCCAGUCAGUGGAGUACUCUAAGACUCCCAUGAAGAUGGGCAUCAUGAAACAACAGGUAAGUGGCAGCCAGCCGUCCAUUUGCUCUGAGACCGGUAGGAACCUCUACGACGUGUCUGAGGUUUGUCCCUGGGAGAUGGAAGAACCUCAGAUUCCCUCUGGAGGAAAGACCCAGAAACAUGUUUCCAUUGCUCCUGGAGAAACCACCCCCGGCCGGAGAGGCAGCAGCAGCUCUGGAAUCACCAAAGGUAGCCGGUCCCAGCAGAGGCAGAAAACGGGGCAGUCCCCUUCCAACAGACGCCGCUCCAAAGAUAAAGGAGGAGAAAGGGAGGAAGGUAGGGACACACGGAAAUCUCGGCCACCCAGGUCACCUCUCCCUCUUAAGCCAGACGUCUGUCCCUGGGAAUUUGAUGAGCAGCCCAUGAUGGGAGGAGAUUCAGAUUCCAUCUCGCCAGACAGGAUCAGGCGUAAGAAAAGCGUCACGCCCACUGAUGGGAAACCCAAGGGGCUCCACUCAGACCACUCCAAGUCAACAGGGAGCCUUUUGCAGCCUCCCUCCCUGAUGUUAGAGAUCUGCCCGUGGGAUUACACCAGCCCACCUUCACCUAAGCAGGAGAAGACCUGCAACAGCCCCACCACACACAAGAAGAAACGGAAAGGCUCCUGCUCAUCCAACCACAAAGCCGAGAAGGAGAAAGGGAGGGAGAAAAUCAGAGAAAGGCGGAGCUCCUCCAGCAAGCCGCCAUCAGAGAGGAGACGCAUUAGCCAGUCGUCGGAGUGCAGCGGGCCGGUUUCUGAGCGGUGGAGGGGCUCCACCGGAGACCCAGAAGUGAUGGAGAUCAGGAGGGCGGAGGUUUUCUCCCGGGAGACUGAGCCCUCACACAGCAGCUUUGUUCAGACUAAAAAAUCACCAGAGAAGAAGAAAGAUUGCUCUUUGAGUACUAGUUACAAAUCUGCAGUCACGGCUGAUGUUUGCCCCUGGGACUUUCAGGAGCAAGACUCUGGGGAGACGGCAUGAUGACUGGUGUGAUGAUUGUAUUUUUUUCUAUUUACAGACUGGCAGCACAGAGGACAAAGCAAAGCAAUCGAACGAUAAAGAUGUAGCUUUGCAUUUGAUAAGAAAGUUUUUCCCUGGGUGACCUAUGUGAGAAAAAGAACAUUUAUUCUGCUGUCCAUCAAUGCAAUCCAAACAUAACUAUUUGUUAAAUAGAAAACUUCUCGUCGUUACAUUGCAGUGAAUGCAACCUUGAAGUCACUUUAAAGGAAUUUUUAGUCUGCACUUUUGCUUGCACAUUUGUCAGAGUUACAUUGUUUGUGUGUUUUAUCACAUUGAGUACAUCAAGGUAAUUAGAAAAAGAAUCAUACCUGUAUUUUCCAGCAGAUCAGACAAUCAUUUGUCACAAACACAGUGAAUGCUUCACCUAAUAAGCUCAUUGAAUAUUGACAAAUGUUUCCCUGUUACGCUGAUGAUAUUCUAUGUUACGCAGUAAGCCAGUGGAGACUCACUGUAUCAGACGCUGAUGAUGAAAACAUGCCGGCAGUGGGGAAAAAAGACCUAAGGAAAAAAUGGGAUAUGAGAUCUGAGAAGCAGGACCAAAGCCCCAGACACAGCUGGGAUGCCUUACCUUUAGGCCAAAUACAUAAAUCAUGGCACGAAUCUGUUUGAUUAGUGAAACAUGGGAAUAACGAAGGAUUGUAGUGCAGCUUAAUUUUAAAACAAGAAAAACUGUAUGUUUCAGUAAAAGUACUCAAUAUACAGUAUGUAUUUUUCUAAAAAGCCAUUGCAUGUGGCAAACUAUCAAGCAUCCAAUAAGUAAAUGUUUAUUGGUUAACUUGUACUCAGAUAUGACAGUGGAACUUUUGAUGUUGUUGCUUAUGGUAUUUGUCUCCUUCUGUAACACAUGAUGCUUUUGAAAUGAUGUGCAUUGCCAUUAAUAAUGUACACACAUAUUUCAAACUCUCCUCUAUAUUCUUACCCUGGCUUACCCCAGAGGCUGUAGUAUUUCCACAUGUCUAAAAAAAAUGCGCUGAAGUCUUUCAAGGACCAAAACCAAGCCUGACUAGGGUGGAUGAUGUGAAUAAUGCAUAUUUUUCUGUCACUUAGUCGUCCAUUUUACAUCUGCUUGAAUGCACCUUCCUUCAAAUCUUUGCACAUACUGUAUUCAAUCGCUAAAACCACGACUAUGCAUGACCAAAGCUUUUUUUUGCCACUUUCUCGAUAACAGAAAAUUAGUAAUUUAACAUUUCAACAUCAUCUCCAAAUGACAACAGCAACAGUCAGCCUUUCUGUCCUGUGAUCAGCCACCCACCAAUGACACCUAAUGCAAUGCAAUCACACACAGUAGUCAGUUCAGCUUCAUUACUGUUGUGUGUGCAUGGCAGUAAAAAUACAGGGUGUAAUGAUACACUAACAUUCACCAGAAGGCAUAAAAAAUCAUUAUGAAAUACUUAAAGCGGGCUAAGGAGCACAUGGGAUUUUCAAGUAUAGAUGUCAGAUGUUGUGAUGAACUGUAUUUAUCAAGCAUUUUAGGAAAGAACUUCCAGUGUAAAUAAUCUGUUUUGCUCAUCAAGCAUUUGGAAAACAGCAUCUAUAAAGUGAAGGGCUUGAUAAAUAAACAUAACCCACCACUCUAACUUUCACAAGUUUUUUUUCUAUCUGAUGGUUUUAGGCUGUUUGAAAUGAAAUGUUGUAACUUGCUCACUAAAUGUAUUUUAUGCUUGUUAUACUGUAUAGUGUUGCUCCAAAAAGUAACAAAAUGUUGUAGCAUCCACAUGGGAGUAUUUAUAUUGUACAUUCAUAUUGUGUUGCAUGUACAUACAGUAAAUACCCUGUUCUCAGUUCUGGAUUAAAUCUUUCUAUAAAACCCCCA